AUGGAUCUUCCUUUCAACACAGCAACAGUAUCGUUGUUAACAGUCGCUUAUAUCAUUAUUUUCUUGGUGGCCCUAAGUGCAAAUAUUUUACUUGUGUACAUCGUUUUCAAGCGACCCUCUUUGAAGACAACUAUCAAUUAUUUGUUUACUAACAUAGCGGUGUUCAAUCUUCUGGUAGCUGUGUUCAUUAUGCCAUAUUCAGCGAGGCAUCUUUUCGUUGCUAAUGCAUGGUUUGAUGGUGUCCUUGGGCAGAUCUCUUGCAGAUUCAUAUAUUUUCUAAACGGCAUCUCCACUGCAGGGUUCGUAUUGACUUUAAUAGGUAUUUCAUUGAAUCAGUUCUACGCCAUUCUAUUUCCAUCUAAAAUCAUCGUAUUGAUACGAAAUACCAGACUUUUGACCUGUAUGAUAUGGAUAUUAUCUGUGGUAUUGAUGUCCCCUUAUCUUGCGAUGUAUGGUGUCAAGGAGAUUUCCCGCCAGCAUCCAUGCAUUUACGUUGUGGCUAAUCGUGUCAUCAUUAAAAUUCACUUUUCUUCUUUGUUCGUUUUUUUAUACGCCUUCCCUCUCUCACUUCUGACAAUACUGUACAUUUUUAUUUGUCGAAAACUGUGGUUCCGAACCCUUCCAGGUAACAUCCACAGCAUUCACAGACACGCAGUUGAGAUGUCAAAACGCCGCGUAAUACGCAUGCUCAUCGUCGUCAUAGCAACAUUUGCGUCAUGCUGGCUUCCUGUUCACGUGUUUUACAUGUACAUGGCGUUUGAAAAUGACGGAAAUGUAAGCGUGGAUUCUGAUUGGUCGUUGUUUAUCAUGUUCUUUGCGCAUGCGAAUAAUGCUGUUAACCCUUGUCUUAUAAUGGCGUUGAACCGGAAGUUCAGAGCUGAAUUAAUUAAACUGUGUACAACUAACAGAACACCGUGGAUGCAGUGCUUACGACGAACAGGCCACGAAGAAAGUGGUUGCCAGACCGAUACUCGCCUCACCAAGAUGCGGAAAAUUCAAGCUGUGGAAAAUUUAGCCGACGGAAUUGCCAGGAAAAGAGGAAGACUGUAUGAUCUGAAUCUUUGGACAAAUGCUUGUAGCUCCUCUCCUGUUUCGCUUGUACAGUUUACUCAUUGCGAAGAUGCACCAGAAACAGACAACUAA